AAAUGAACCAAACACGACUUGCGUUUCUGAAGCGAUUUGGACCAAGAGGACACCAAAGUCGUCUACUAUCCUCUUUUGAGCUUCGUUCUCGGUUCUUAAACUAUUUUGAAAAGUAUGGCCACGUACCUGUCAAAAGUGCAAGUCUCAUUCCACACAAUGACAAGAGUUUAUUAUUCACCAAUGCAGGAAUGGUUCCUUUCAAAGAGUACUUUUUAAAGCCAAGCACGGCACCUUACAAAUGCGCUACUAGCAUUCAAAAAUGCAUGAGAGCCGGUGGUAAACAUAACGAUCUGGAUAAUGUAGGAUAUACACCUCGUCAUCAUACCUUUUUUGAAAUGAUGGGCAACUUUUCGUUUGGACAGUACACAAAGGCAGAAGCGAUCGAGUAUGCAUGGAGGUUUUUGCUGCAGGAACUCAAGUUGCCUAUCCACCGACUUCGCGUAACAGUAUUGGAAGGUGAUGAGGAAGGGUAUGCGUUAUGGAAAAAGCAAGGAUUGCCUGAUGAGAUGAUCGUUCGAUGCGGACCUGAGGAUAAUUUUUGGACAAUGGGUGAUGGAGAGGGGCCUUGUGGCCCUUGUACAGAAAUAUUUUGGAAUACGCAAGACCCAACACUAGAGGACCCAUGGUUGGAGAUUUGGAAUUUAGUGUUUAUGGAGAAAUAUCGAGAUGCUGAUGGCAACCUGUCUGAUUUGCCUACACCCUGUAUUGAUACAGGAAUGGGGCUAGAAAGAAUGCUGACGGUGCUUCAAGGAAAACAAAACAACUUUCAAGUGGAUCAGUUCAAAGUGGUUAUUGAUGGAUUAAGAGAUAUUCUCAAAGAGAGAGGAUUGAAGAGUUCAGAUAGUGUGGAUCCCAGUCCUCAGGAAAAAAUUGUCGCAGAUCACUUUAGAGCCAUGUGCUUUCUUAUAGGAGAUGGAGUUGUUCCAAGUAAUGUAGGUAGAGGUUAUGUACUAAGACGUAUUAUCCGACGUGCGCUUCGAUCUGCAAGGCAACUAGGCAUUCAUGAGCCCUUCUUGUCCAGCCUGUAUCCUUCCUUAUUAAAGAGUUUUCCCAGCGACUUGUAUCCCGAGUUAAAUAGCCGUGCAUCUUCCAUUUGCAGCAUCAUUACGAAUGAAGAAACAUCAUUUUUAGCAACCUUGGAUAGAGGCAUGACGUUGCUAGAAGGCGUUUUUAGUCAACCAGACCUUCAACAAUCAAAGGAAAUUCCAUCUGAUGUUGCAUUCCAACUCUACGACACUUAUGGAUUUCCCUUUGAUUUGACCUUGAUUAUUGCUAAAGAAAGAGGUUGGACAGUGGAUAUAGAAGCUGUGGAGAAGCUGCAGGAAAAGCAAAAGAUGGCUGGAAGAGAGUCUUGGAAAUCCGAUAAGGUCACAGAUAUAGCAAAGCUUUCAGAAUGGAGACAUUUUGGCGUCCAACCUCAAUUCACCGGAUAUGAUCACAGUCUAUUACAUCAAGAAUCCGAAAUCAUGGCUGUGCAACCGACAAACAAAGCUAAUGAGUACCAUUUAGCCAUCAACCCUUGUCCUUUUUAUGGUUUAGGAGGCGGACAAGUGCCAGACCAAGGCACGCUUACGUUAGCAAACGGCAGUCAAUGGCGAGUGACUGAUGUCAUACAACCAUAUGAAGGAGGCAUCGUGCUUCGUGUUUCUCCAGUCGAUAAAGAACGUGCCAAAGAAGAUACCGAGUACUUGCAGCAAGGACAUUUGGUGAGAACAGAAGUUGACAUGCAGCGUAGACAGGGAGCAGAAGUGCAUCACACAGCAACACACCUUUUGAAUGCAGGGUUGCGAAAGGUACUCAAGUCACAAGAUAUUGUUCAAGCCGGCUCCACAGUCGAACCAAAUAAACUGCGCUUUGAUUUCACCUAUGGCAAGCCAUUAAAGCCAGAUGAGAUUAAACAAGUUGAAAACUGGGUGAAUACAAUUGCCCAAAGUGGCGCUAAAACGAGUGUUGAGCAUAUGAAAUUGACAGAUGCUAUUGACUCUGGAGCUGUAGCUGCAUUUACAGAAAAAUAUGGUGAAGUGGUCAGAGUAGUGAAUGUUCCAGGUGUCAGUAAGGAAUUAUGUGGAGGAACGCAUGUGGAUGAUGUUGGUAAAUUGUAUCCAUUCAAGAUCCUAAAUGAAACUUCUGUUGCCGCUGGCACAAGAAGAAUUGAAGCAGUGGCUGGUCAAUCAUGCAUAGACUGGUACCGAAAUGCUUAUGGUCCUAUACCAGAUGUUUUAAAGUUAUUACGAGCCAAUGAAACAAAAGAUAUGGUUGUAAAAAUAGAAAAGAUAAUGCAGGAAGUAAAGGAUCUUCAGAAGCAAGUGGAGUUUGUCACUGAAAAGCUAGCCUCUGCAGGAGAAAUAGUGAAUAAGCCUAUAGGAUCCAAGAUUAAAGAUCUUGAUGUCAAGAUUCACUUGAUCGAUUCGGAUCUUGAUUCUCAAUUUAUGCAAAAGCGUGCGAAUGUGUUAAAGCAAAGUCAACCUGAAUCGGUUCAUGUUUUGUUGAAGGAUAACACCAUCUUGGUUGCUUUAAAUGGCGCAAAUAUCAAGACAGAAACAGCCAAUUCUAUUUUAAAACAACUAUUAAAGCAUGUAAAAGGCGGCGGUGGAGGACAAAAAGAGAUGGCACAAGGUCGUCUGGCAGAAUCCAUAAAAGAUGAACAGGAUAUUCAUUCUAAAAUAUUGCCAGCCUUUGAAAGGUGUGCUUAG